GGUCGUGGGACCCACUGCACUUUCAAAGCGCACAACGAGCUGGCAGCUCCCUCUAUACAGUCUGUUUUCAUGGGCCCCACCAUUCCCACGCCUCUAAAACCCUUUCCCUCUUCUUCCCCCUCUUCCGCACACCCUUUUCUGGCAUUUCAUUUUCUCCAUUGAUUUCAAUUUCAAGGUGCGUCUGCAAGCUUUCAUGGCGGAAGAAACUAUGGAUCCGGCCCCGGAGGCGACGCCUGAGGCGGCAAAAGAGUUCGCAGGCGCCGAGAAGGAGGCGGCGGCGGCCGAUUCGUCAUCGAUGAAGGAGGAGAACAACAAGGCGGAGGAGCUUCCGAUCCCGGAAAAGAAGGCGCUGGAUGAGUUGAAGCAGAUGGUUCGGGAGGCUCUGAACACCCAUGAAUUCACCCCUAAGCUCUCACCCGCUCCGGUUAAGGAAGAGGACAAAAAACCCCAAGAGGGAUCGAAGCCCGAUGAGAAGAAAGAAGAAGAGCCCCAGGCGGGGGAGGAAACGGCUGAAAACCCCGGGGAGGGAAUCAAAAACCCCGCCAAUACUGAAUGGGAGGGGGAAUUAGGGGAAAUUCCCCCUCUUCUGGAACCAGAAGUGGUUUCAAUUUGGGGAAUUCCCCUUCUGGAGGACGAGCGCAGCGAUGCGAUCCUCCUCAAAUUUCUCAGGGCUCGCGAAUUCAAGGCGAAAGACGCCUUCGCCAUGCUCAAGAGCGUCAUUGCGUGGCGAACCCAGUUCAAAUCGGACGAGCUUUUGGAGGACAAAGAGUUGGGCCAGGGGCUAGACAAGGUGGUCUUCGUUCACGGGGCAGACAGGGAAGGCCACCCCGUCUGCUACAACUCCUUCGCGGAGUUUCAGGACAAGGAGCUGUACCAGAGCACAUUCGCUGACAAGGAGAAGCUUGACAGGUUCCUGAAAUGGAGGAUUCAGUUCAUGGAGAAAUCUAUCAGGAAUCUCGAUUUCUCCCCAGAUGGAAUCAACACCUUUCUUCAGGUGAUCGAUCUCAAGAACUCUCCCGGGCUUUUCUUCUUCAAGAAAGAGCUCCGCAAUGCCACCAACCAGGCCUUACAGCUCCUCCAAGACAAUUACCCUGAAUUUGUAGCAAAGCAGGUGUUCAUUAAUGUUCCUUGGUGGUACCCGGCUUACUAUAAGAUGAUCAAUGUCCUUUUUACCACAAGGACCAAGAGCAAGUUUGUGUUCACAAGCCCUUCCAGAUCUGCAGAGACACUCUUCAAAUACAUAGCCCCAGAGCAAUUGCCUGUUCAGUAUGGUGGCCUUAGCAGGGAGGGCGAUUAUGAGUUCACCACCCUUGACCCUGCAAUUGAGGAUGCCAUAAAACCAACUUCCAAGCACGUGAUCGAGUUGCCCGUUGCCGAGAAAAGCACAUUGGCUUGGGAGGUGAGAGUGAUAGGUUGGGAUGUCUCCUAUGGCGCUGAGUUUGUCCCGGCUGCCGAAGGUGCCUACACCAUAAUUAUAGAAAAACCGCGAAAAAUCGGACCGGUUGAUGAGACAAUACUCAGCAACACAUACAACACGGAGUGUGCAGGGAAGGUUGUUCUUAUAUUCGAAAACCAAACUUCUAAGAGGAAGAAGCUUCUCUAUCGGUCCAAGACCAAGCAAGCCUGAUGAUUGAUCGAAUACUAUACUUACGUUGUGAUGAUAUUCAUUGUGGCUUCAAGUUCAUUAGCAGUGGAACUGCAGUGCAGAUUAAGAAGCUCUAGUUUUGUUCAUUUAUAGAUUUUGUUCAUUGUUUUCUCGUGGUUAUAGAUUUUGUUCAUUGUUUUCUCGUGUUGCAUAUGAAACUUAGCUAAGGUUUUGGAUUAUUUGUUCAAUACUUGUUUGGAUUUUUUAUAUGAAGAUUUGUUGCUGUUGGACUGUUUGUACUUUGUAUUGCUCUUAUAUGUAAUGGAAAAGACUGAGAAUUCAUGGAUUA